AUGCGAGCUUUGAAAAUACUCACUACAUCUUAUAUGGCAUCAAACACUACUCAGCUGCUCAUGGCCACCUUGGUUGAUUUCAACCGGACCCCUUUGACUCGAUCUCACAAGUACACUGACAAGGACCGUGUUGGCAUUGCCGAAGGCACUGUCCUUCCUCAAGAGAUCAUCCCCAAGUUCUUCGCUCAGAAUGGCUUCGCUGGUGUCGACCCAAAGAAGAUCAAGAAGAACGGAGGUGGCAGAAGCAAUUGGGGCGGCCCAGGUGAGGAAGUUGUCGACGAGCAGUUCAAAUUUACCAAUGCUCGCCGUCGAUCCAACAGCAGCGGCUAUUCCAACCAUCUUGAGCACUUCAAGACCAAAUUCGAGGUCAAUGAACCCGAGCCCGUCUUCGAGGAGAGCCUCCACGGUCCAGAGGCCGAGGAUGACGAGACCUUGACCAAGACUGAGACCUCCUCCAGCGCUGGCAGCUCGGUGGAUGAGAAGACCAAGAGCUUGUAAACUGUUUUCUUCAAAGGAGAAACAUACAAGCCCCCAACAUACCGGAAUGAACCCGAAAUGUUUGUUAUGGUAAUGGGCGUGACUGGAACUAUACUGCCAAGAAACUUCUUGGGAGUUUGGGAAACUAUCAAGAGAACAAUAACAAAGUCUCUUCGAUGCUGCUGCAAAACAGCAAGCCUUGUACGCUUGUGGCAAGUUGGUGAUGUGGGGCGUCACCAAUAUAUGUAUUAUCACGUGGGCAUUGACUCUGGUAUGGAAAAGAAUCAAUUGACCUUUGUAUAUGAUAUUUUGAAUAUGCAUGC